GGGUCCGCCCCAUCUUCCGCCUGGCUCCGCGAGCUGGAAACUUUGCGGGCAGCGCAGUCGGCAGCGCCGGGCACCCAGCGUCGGGCACCCAGCACCCAGCGCCGCACCGGAGCCGGCGGGGCCCCGCACCGCGCCGCCGGGCAUCGCCCAGCUCAGCCCAGCCCAGCCCCGCAGGGCGGGGGCACCGCGGCCCUUGCGCGCCCUUCGGCGCCGCCCGGCCAUGCGCGCCCGCUGAGCCGCAGCGGAGGUGGCCGCCUUUCAGUUUGCUCCCGUCCCCGGUUUUAAUUUUAUCUAUUUAUUGGGGUUUUGUGGUUUUUGUGUUUUUUGGGGGGUUUUUUGACGCUCCCCGCGCUCCGCAGGCGCCAGGCGGAGGCCGCGGCCCGCGGUGAGGGCGGGCGCGGGGCGGCGAUGGGCGCGGCGGCGGGCGGGCGCUCCGCGGGGCGCUGAGCGGGCGCGCAGCGGGCGCGGGUCGCGCCAUGGCCGCCAAGGACAACCCCUGCAGGAAGUUCCAGGCCAACAUCUUCAACAAGAGCAAGUGCCAGAACUGCUUCAAGCCCCGCGAGUCCCACCUGCUCAAUGACGAGGACCUCAACCAGGCCAAACCCAUUUAUGGUGGCUGGCUGUUGCUGGCCCCGGAAGGAACGGAUUUUGACAACCCUGUCCAUCGCUCCCGGAAAUGGCAGCGUCGGUUCUUCAUCCUCUACGAGCACGGGCUGCUGCGCUACGCCCUCGACGAGAUGCCGACAACCCUUCCGCAGGGCACCAUCAACAUGAACCAGUGCACAGAUGUGGUGGAUGGGGAGAGCCGGACAGGGCAGAAGUUCUCCUUGUGCAUCCUGACGCCAGAGAAGGAGCACUUCAUCCGGGCUGAGAACAAGGAGAUCAUCAGCGGGUGGCUGGAGAUGCUGAUAGUCUAUCCGAGGACAAACAAGCAGAAUCAGAAGAAAAAGAGGAAGGUAGAACCCCCAACUCCCCAGGAGCCUGGUCCUGCUAAGAUGGCCGUGACCAGCAGCAACAUCCCCAGUGCAGAGAAGGUCCCUGCCACCAAAUCCACGCUUUGGCAGGAAGAAAUGAGGGGCAAGGACCAAGCGGAUGGCAGCAGCAGCAUCAGCCCAGCGCAGAGCCCUGUGCAAGGCCAGGCCGGGGCUGCCAGCUCCCUGAAGGAUCCCGUGCUGGACAGCAAGGAAGAUGAGAGCUCCAUGAAUGGAGACCGGAUAGACUGUGGGCGGAAGACGCGUGUCGAGAGUGGGUACUUUUCCUUGGAGAAGACCAAGCAAGACUCGAAGCUGGAAGAGCAGCAGCUGCCACCCCCGCCAAGCCCACCCAGCCCCAGCACCCCGAACAACAGGUACAGUUAUCCCAAAUCGCCCUCGCAGGAGCAUGCCCAGCCCUUUCCUUCCCCAGGUACCCGAUCAGGCGACCGAAUGAUUCACAGCUUCUCUCUGAACUCCUUGGACUCGAAGAGCAGUAGCCCCAUGCACAAGGACUCCAGCAGCAGAGAUGUAGGAAGGGGAGCUGAAAAAUCGGGGCGUCCCCUUUCUUUUAAAGCCAGCCGGCAGUACACCACCUUGGCCGACGUUCCCAAGGCCAUUAGGAUCAGUAAUCGUGAGGCCUUCCAGGUGGAGAGGAAGCGGCUAGAGCGGAGAACCCGGGCCCGUAGCCCUGGGAGAGAAGAAGUGGCCCGGCUCUUUGGCAAUGAGAGAAGGCGAUCCCAGGUAAUUGAAAAAUUUGAGGCAUUAGAUAUUGAGAACGCGGAACACAUGGAAACGAAUGUGUUGGCUGGUGCUGCCCUUUCCAGUGAGACGCGGCAGGGCAGGAGCGAGAAGAGGGUUUUCCCACGGAAGCGGGACUUCACUUGCGAAGGUGCAGCUGUGGGCUCCAUCCUGGAUGUGUCUGCGUCUCCUCUGUCCCCGCAUCGCCGGGCAAAGUCACUGGACAGAAGGUCCACAGAGUCCUCUAUGACGCCUGACCUGCUGAACUUCAAGAAGGGCUGGUUGACAAAGCAGUACGAGGACGGGCAGUGGAAGAAGCACUGGUUUGUGCUGACCGACCAGAGCCUGAGAUACUACCGGGACUCGGUGGCGGAGGAGGCAGCUGACCUAGAUGGAGAAAUCGAUUUAUCAACAUGCUACGAUGUUACUGAGUACCCAGUUCAGCGAAACUACGGCUUCCAGAUACACACGAAGGAAGGGGAGUUCACCCUCUCUGCCAUGACGUCGGGCAUUCGCCGCAACUGGAUCCAGACCAUCAUGAAGCACGUUCGCCCCACCACUGCUCCUGAUGUAACAAGGAAAAACUUCUCUUUGAAACUAUCCGUGCUGAAGCCCAGCUCCCUGCCAGAAGAGAAAAACAAAACAAGCUCUUCCUUCGAGACUGGUCCAAAGCCGAGUGAGAAGCCGGACGUGGAGCAAGCUGAGCUGGACCAGGAGCAGAAGCGGAGCCGUGCCCGGGAGCGCCGGCGAGAAGGACGGUCCAAGACCUUUGACUGGGCCGAAUUUCGCCCCAUCCAGCAAGCCCUGGCGCAGGAGCGUGCAAAUGCUGCAGACUCCUCCAAGAGUGGCUCUGCCGCCUUUCCCAGGGAUGCCGGUGCCACCGACGCUGACCCAGGAGAGCUGGAGCGGGAGCGGGCCCGGCGGCGGGAGGAGCGACGUAAGCGCUUCGAGAUGAUCGAUACUGUGGACGGGGCAGGGUCAGAAGAGGCGCUAAGGAUGGAGGUGGACCGGAUCCUGCCUGUCCCGGCGGACAUCAAACCGCAGAACGUCCAUGUGGAGAUCGAGCAGCGCUGGCACCAGGUGGAGACCACCCCGCUGCGGGAGGAGAAGCAGAUCCCCAUCGCGCCCCUGCACCUCACCCACACCGAGGACCGGGACGAGGGGCUGACAAAGCAGCACUUGACCACGCUGCUGGAGAAGGAGCUGGAGCAGAAGCAGAAGGAGGCCUUGGAGCUCCUGGAGCAGAACCGGCACCUGCAGGACCAGCUGAAAGUGGCACUGGGCCGGGAGCAGAGCGCCCGGGAGGGCUACGUGUUGCAGACCGAGGUGGCCGCCUCGCCAUCAGGUGCCUGGCAGAGGCUCCACAAAGUCAACCAAGACCUCCAAAGUGAGCUGGAAGCCCAAUGCCAGCGUCAAGAGCUGAUCAAUCAACAGAUUCAGUCGCUGAAGCGCAGCUACGCCGAGGCCAAGGACGUGAUUCGGCACCACGAAGCUGAGAUUCAGAGCCUGCAGGCGAGGCUCAGUAAUGCAGCGGCUGAGCUCUCCAUCAAGGAGCAGACCCUGGCCAAGCUCAAGAGCGACCUGAGGAGCGAAAAAGAGAAAGCCAAAGAGCAGCUGGAGGAGUGGCAGCACGGCGAGGCCACGCUCAGCUCCCAGCUGAAGGCCAGCGAGCAGAAGCUGAAGAGCGCAGAGGCUCUGCUCCUGGAGAAGACCCAGGAGCUGCGGGACCUGGAGAUGCAGCAGGCUUUGCAGAGGGACCAUCAGAAGGAGGUGCAGCGGCUCCAAGACAGGAUUGCAGACCUGAGCAGGCAGCUGAAUGCUAGCGAGCAAGCACGGAUCCUCAUGGAGGAGAAGCUGCAGAAGAAUUAUGAGGCUUUGCUGGAGAGCUGCGAGAGAGAAAAGCAGGUUUUAAUACGGAGUUUGAAGGAGGUAGAGGAUAAGGCCAACGAGUAUGAGAACCAGCUGCAAAAUAAUGAGCAGCAAAUGGAGAUUCUGCAGAAGGAGAAGCUGAGUGCAAAGUUCGAAGGCAGCGAGCUUGUCCACCAGCUGGAGGAGCAGCUGGUGAUGAAGGAGGCCAGCAUCCAGAAACUCGCAGAGCACAUCAAGGAACUCGAAAGAGAGAGAGAUCAGCUCAAAUGUCGUUUCCACGAGCUCAUGAAUCAGGUUGCCGAGUCGGAUAACGAAGUUGCAAAGCUGCAAGCAAAGCUGAAAAUGGAAGAAACCAACUACCACAAUCUGGAGCAAUCGUUCGAGGAGGUGUCGGAUCAGUUCCAGGGUGUGCAGAAGGUGCUGAAAGAAAAAGAAGAAGAGCUGAGACAUGUUAAGGAAAUGCACUUGAGAAUUGUGGAGAAGAAAGAUCAAGAUCUCAGCGAGGCUUUGGUUAAAAUGGUUGCUUUAGAUAGCAGUUUAGAGGAGACUAAAGUAAAGCUAAAGGCCAAGGAGGAGGCUUUAAAGAAAUUAGCUAGUGUAGGCACAGGUCCAUGUGCUGAGGAGGUGGAAGACCUUGGCCCCAAUCUCGAGGCUGAUGAAAGUCACCCAUCCCAACUGGGGCAGCCUCUGCAAACUCAGGAUAUCCUCCCAGCUCUGACUUACGCACUGAAGGAGGAGGAGGAGGUUCUUGAGACCAACCAGAGGCAAGCAGAGGAAUUUGGCUCCCCAUCCACAGCUGUAGAGCUCCAGGACCAAGAGUUAGUUCAGAAAGCCUUAGCAAAGCCUGAGGUAGGAAUCAUGGGGGCCAAGAGGCAAAGAAUCCGUUUCUCGAGCAUCCAGUGCCAAAAAUACAUCCAUCCAGAUGGAUCGGAGAAAAACUGGACAAGCAGUACCUCUUCAGACACGAGCCAAGACAGAUCGCUGUCUGAAGAAAGCAUGUCAUCAGAGCCAGCUCUUGGUUACCCAUCAUCAGGGACAAGCGACUCUGAGACCUACCUCUCAAUCAUCCAUUCCCUGGAAACCAAACUUUAUAUUACAGAGGAAAAACUCAAAGAUGUAACGAUGAAGCUUGAAAGCCAGCAUGGCCAUAAUCAGGAGACGCUCAUUGCCCUCCACCAUCAGUGGGCCAGCACAGAGUCUCAACUGCGGGAACAACUUCAGACCAGCUUAUCCCAAGUCAGUGCUUUGAUCUCACAGCUGGAGAGUGAGAGGCAGGAAAAGUUCAAGCUCAUAGAAAAUCACGUUAGUGAGCUGGGAGGUUUCCAAAUGAAAAAUGAUCAAGCGCUGACUUGCUUAGAGAAGUGCAGGGAGCAACUAAGAUCUUUGCCCAAAUCAGACAAGGAAAAAGAGGGUGAUUUGUUCCUUGUUACUCUGUCCAGCAUGGAAACGACCUUAUCAAACGCAAUCCAAGCCUUGAGAGGGGCGCCAGUCCCGUCGGAGUAUCAGCAGAGUGAAAGCCUUAUCGUGGAAAGCCCCACUCCAGAAGAAGUGUUUUUGGGAGAAGAGCAUGUCUCCAAGGAGCAGCGAGUGGAAAUGUUUGAUGCCGGCCAGCUGAGAUGGCUUUCUGAGAGAGUGGCAUUUGAGGCCUCUCUCAUCAGCCAAAUAGCAGAGUCUUUGAAAAAUGCAAGCUCUGAGAUAUCUCAGCUUCUGAGAGAGAUCCAGGGAACAGCCGAGGUGGUUUUGUUGGAGCCGGCAAAUAUUUCUCAUACAGCAGUUGACUUGGCCAGCAUCCUAUCUAAGAAGCUGCUGCUGGAAGGGGAGUUCUGGGGCCAGGUGGAGGAGCUGAGAGUGCACUUGAGCACCAGAGAAGGAGAAGCUGAGGGCAAAACAGAAACAACAGGUUUGGGCUUUUCUCCAUGUUUUCUCAGUGCUGUAGCAGAUGCUACGUUGAUCAAGGCAGAACUUGGGUUUGUCGCACAGAAAAUGAGAGAAUCUUUUCAUCAGAGAUUAAAAACAAUUGAAGAAGACCUUCAUAAUACCAAAACAGCUCUCCAGCAGCACAAAUGCAUGUUGGAGGAGAUCAUCAAAGCGUACAGGACUCCUGAUUUUGACAGAGUUAUGCACCAGAUUUCUGAAGCACUUGAAAUUCAAAAAGAUGCUUCAGAAAGAACCCAGAUCUCCUGGGACGGGAGCCAUCUCCAAAUGGUGCCGUGUCAGGAAUUAGCCAAGGCGGAGGAGAUUGGCAGCCUGCCGGACCGUAGUAGUGAAGCUCUUGUUUCCAUUCAGGAGGAUCUUGCCCAACAACUAAAGGACAAAUCAAAUGUUCUGAAGGAAAUAUCUGUUGCCUUACUCUCUCUGCCUCCUGAGGAGGCAAUGAGAGACUGUCAGAAGCUCCUGAAGAUAUCUCAGAGUCUUUCAUAUCAUUCGUGCAUGGGAGACCUUGAACAGUAUUCUUCUUUGUUAGUCCAAGAUGCAAUUGUUCAGGCUCAGGUUUGUUAUGCUGCUUGCAAAGUCCGACUGGAGUACGAGAGAGAGCUGAAGUCCUACAAGGAGUCCUUGCAGAGCAUGGACGCGCUCUGCCAAGAGCGUGUGAAGACAGUCUCUCUCCUUCGGGAUGAGUACGAAGACUUGCUUAGAAAGCAGCAGGGUGAGUAUGGCGAGGUGAUCGCCAUGCUUGAACGGGAGAACGCCGAUCUCAAAGCAAAGGUGUCCCAGCUUGACAGUCAGCGAAGGGUCUUGGAGGAAGAAGAGCAUAAACACAGCAAGAGCUUGAGCGAAUUGCAGGGACGGUAUGAGGAGGAGAUUCGAAACGUGAUAGAGCAACUAAACAGGACAGAGGAUGCUCUGAAGGCUGAGAGGACGGAGGGCCUCAACCAGCUGGAUGCCAUUGUCCGCGACAAGCAGAACAUGGAGCGGUAUCACCUGGAGCAGAUGCAAAUGCUGGAGGACAAGUUCCAGGCCAAGAUCAAGGAGCUGCAGGUCAUCCACAGCGAGGAGCUGCAGGCGCUGCAGGAGCACUACAGCCAGAACCUGCAGCGCCUGCAGGAGACCCUUGAUGAGUACCAGAGGCAGCACCCGGAGGUGUCCCCCGUGGCAGGCCCAGGCGGUGGGGAUGCCUGGGUGGGCGGUGAGGUGGGUGACACCGGGCAGGGCCCCAGCAGCGACCUGGACUCCAUGCACGGCCUGAGGGAGCGCAUCCAGGAACUGGAGGCCCAGAUGAACGUCAUGAGGGAUGAGCUGGAGAACAAGCAUCUGGAGGGGAAUGCUUCCACCUUGAGAGAAAAAUACCAGAAAGACUUUGAAAACUUAAAGGCAACAUGUGAAAGGGGCUUUGCAGCCAUGGAGGAGACACACCAGAAGAAGAUCGAGGACCUGCAGCGGCAGCACCAGCGGGAGCUGGAGAAGCUGCGGGAGGAGAAAGACCGCCUGCUGGCAGAAGAAACGGCUGCCACCAUUUCAGCCAUUGAAGCCAUGAAGAACGCGCACCGGGAGGAGCUGGAGCGAGAGCUGGAGAAGUCCCAGCGCUCCCAGAUCAGCAGCGUCAAUGCCGACAUCGAGGCCCUCCGAAGGCAAUACCUGGAGGAGCUGCAGUCGGUGCAGCGGGAGCUGGAGGUGCUUUCGGAGCAGUAUUCGCAGAAGUGUUUGGAGAACGCCCACCUGGCGCAGGCGCUGGAGGCUGAGAGGCAGGCCCUCCGCCAGUGCCAGCGGGAGAACCAGGAGCUCAACGCCCACAACCAGGAGCUGAAUAACCGCCUGGCUGCGGAGAUCACGCGAUUGCGGACCCUACUGACCGGGGAGGGCGGGGGAGAGGCUGCUGGAUCGCCUCUCACGCAGGGCAAGGAUGCCUAUGAGCUGGAGGUCCUGCUGCGGGUCAAAGAAUCAGAAAUCCAGUACCUGAAGCAGGAGAUCAGCUCCCUCAAAGACGAGCUGCAGACGGCACUGAGGGAUAAGAAGUACGCCAGCGACAAGUACAAAGACAUCUACACGGAGCUGAGCAUCGUGAAGGCCAAGGCAGACUGUGAUAUCAGCAGGUUGAAAGAGCAGCUGAAAGCAGCCACAGAAGCUCAGGGAGAGAAAUCCCCUGUGAACACCACUGUAUCGGGAUAUGAUAUUAUGAAAUCAAAAAGCAACCCUGAUUUCUUGAAGAAAGACAGAUCCAGUGUUAGCCGGCAACUAAGGAAUAUCAGGUCAAAGUCCGUUAUUGAGCAGGUCUCAUGGGAUAACUGAAAUGAACCCGAGUCCAGGUUCCCUGCCACGUAGAGUCUGAAGGAAGGCCUGACUGUGCAAGAACGCCUGAAGCUUUUUGAAUCCAGGGACUUGAAGAAAGACUAGUUCUCCCCGCUCCGCUUGACCACGCGCACCUCCCAGCUUGAGGCAGCACAGCACCAGCACCGUUUGUCUCUCGUUCCUUACGACUGUCCUUGCUGUUGUUCGUCUUGACACCCCUGACGGGACCUGGCGCCGUGGUGGUGGUGCCCCCCGCCGCCCCCUCGCCUCCCCGGCUCCUUUCCUUGCUUGUGAGAUGCUCCAGAGACUCUGAGAGGGAGAGGAAGGGAUUGGGGUGGGUUUUCCCCCCCCCCUCUCUUCGGCGCUUUGUAGGAGAAUCCUUCCUUUACUGUAAACCUUUACACUAAGUGUCAGUAUUAAGGCUCAGUAGCCUGUUAAUAAGCUAGCUCUGUCGUACCAACCGUUUUGGUAUGCAAGCAGGGCCUGGGUGGUAUCGGCCAUACCUAGCUCUUACUGCUGUCAAGAGACCCAGUGCUCAGAGCACGCCAGGAGCCUAAUCUAACCAUUGAUCUCGAUUGCAUUACUUGCACCUACAAGGGGGGAAAACCUGGGGGAAGCUGUCAGGGAGCGCAAGUCCGUGCCAGCGUACGCAGCCUGGAGGUACAACACUGACAUCUCGCUGGAGAAGGAUGCAAGAAAUGAUUCUCCUGCCCCGUGACUGUGCCGUAUCCUGAAUGUAGGCGAUACCGAAGCCUGGUGAGCUUUGGUGGCUGCCCGGGUGGUUGUGGAUAGGGAGCUGCAGAUACUCACGUGCACCGUUGAGUCCGCCCCAUCGGCGUGUCUUUGCUUCCCGUCUCGCUGGUGGUCGGAGUCGGUGUUUCAGGGGCCGAGCUGUAAGAUCACUUUCUUGCCUCUGUUAGAUCAAGCCCAGCACUCUCUUUUUUUUGCUGUUACUCCCUUCCUCUCAUUGAGUCCCGUGUAUCCCAGGGUCUGUGCGCAUGUGAAACUCCCUUUUCCUAGUCAAAGGAAAGUAGACUAGAAAGUAGAGCCAAUAUUGACUGAAAAUGCACAGUGCUCAAUGCAUAUAAUGCUCCUUUUUUAUCAGCUUCUUGAAUUCAACUCUUCUUGUCAGCAGGGCAGCUCCUAUUUUAAUUCUUUAAUCUUUUCCUGAAAUAAAAAUCUCAAAACCAGUAUGUGCUUCAGACCUUCUCAGUCCUAAUAGCUUUUGUAUUUAAAGCGUACAAUUUAGCACCAUCAGGCCGAUAAAUGGAUACAAACGAAAAGUGAGUUGAGGGUGCUGGUAGCACUAGAUGCAGCACACAGCCAGCUGAGCAGAGACUCUUCCUAGAAGAAGCCUACGCUGCCUUGCAGCAGGGCUGCCCAGGCACAGUGGCUUCAUCCUGGGCUAAAUUUCAAGACGCCACCUGUAAAGACCCGAGGUCCUGCCUCACCGAUCGCCUUGGCCGGGAAGCAGCGCUGGCACGUUGGCUUCCCGGCCCCGUUGAGCCGCCGAGCGACCCACAUCACAUCGGGCUGGGCUGUUAAAGAUACACCCUAGCCUUCACGUGGAGCAAAGCUUCCUCUUGUCUUUUGGGCGCUUAACAUGUGGUUGAAGCAGGCAGCUCUGUGUGCUUUUGCAGCUGAUUUUGGGUCCAUUGUUAGGCAGGCGGUACAAACACAGCCCUCAGCAAACUCUCACUGCCGCUCUGGAGCGGUGAGCACCACGGGGCUGGUGACAGCCAUCUCCAAUCCUGCCAGGCUGGACCACAGCCGGUGCCAGAGAGCUUUCCCUCAUCCUCCCAAGUCUCUGUUUCAGCCACCAGACCCUCAGCAGGAGAUGGCAUCAUCUAACCACGGCGUGAAUCAGGUUCUCAUCCAACUUGUGUGGCCUUGCCAUGGCCAAGCGCUCAGCUCAACACCUCCCAGGAGCCCCAGUUGUCCCCAGCCAAGAUGCCAGCGCUGUGCAGCAGGCAGAGCACAUGCGGGGAUGCUCUCCCGCUGCGAUGCUCUGUAAUCUGUGCCUGGGUGUACACGGAACUCCUGGAGAUAGGAGCAGGGUAGGAAAAGAUGCACAACCACUUGGAUACAAAGGCUUUUCCCUUGUCAGCAGGCGUGUGCCCUCUAAGAUGUUUUUGAUGUGCAGCCACUCGCCCUAAUCCGAGCUCACCGCAGCGCUUUCCAUCAUCUGAGCACUGAAGGACCCAAGAGCCUUCCCAGCUGUGACCCAUCUGGGCCGCCUCUCCGAUCAGCCGCUCCCAGGAGUCUCAGUGUUGUUCCUUGGAUUGUGUUUGCUUUCACCCAUCAGUCAGCGGCUGCCUUAGUCCUCCUCCCAUCCCACCAUGGAGGAAUGUGGCCUGUGCACACAAAGCUGCUCACCAUCAGCUUCUCACCUGUAUGACAGGAGUCCUAACUGGGGAGCCCCAACAUGGAAAUGGGCACCUUAGUGCUAUCCUGGGGCUGCGGACAUAACAUGCUGAGCUAACUAGUGGCCAUCUAAAGCAGAGACUGUUGUUGAUAAACCCAUGUACGUUGGUAAUACUUAGCAGUGGCUUUUUAUAGCUAUGGCGUGGGGUCCUGCUUCCUUCCUUCCAGCUGAGGACAUCCAGAUGCAGCCCUCCCUGCCUCUAGCCCUUCCCAAAUUCAGCCUUCUCCAGGUCAAGUGUGAAUGUGUUGUGCUUAGAAGUCCACUUCUGGAAGAAGAGGGUCUUUUGUCACUAGUUGUGUGCGUGGUUUCUCUCUCUCUCUCCCUGCCGGCAUCUUGCACUUGACUGAAGCGAGAGGUCUGGGUCUCUGAUAUAACUUCACAGUUGGGUGAAGGAUGCGUGUUUGGGUCCCCAUGCUCACAGCAGUUGGGAACGUGACACUUCAGUGGCACCUACGACCAGUUAAAGGCAGUCUUUGAGUUAAAGCGGGGACACCAAUGCCUGCCACGCAGAGUAGAUUGCAGGAACAGCAGAGACGUCGGUGCUGUGGCCCAGGUUCAUCUAAAUUUGGGCUAUCACUUGGGUGGGAAGGUGACUGUAUUGUGUACACCUUUCUGACCGUGUCAGGAGAUGGUCGUCUGGCACAGGUGCCUGGCUUGGUCCCAUCCAAAGUCAUCCAUGCAGCUCUCAGCAGGGAUAAGCUUUAGAUUUCAUCCCUAGCUGCUCCGGGUCCAUGCGUGGUGAGCUCUGCUGUCUGGCAGCUCUGUGCCCUGUGAUCUGGCAGAAGCCUUGGGGUGCAGCAUCAGGACAGUGCGUUGGUCUUCUCAUUGUCGUUGCUCUUCCCUUACAAGACAUCACUGGCUCCAGGAGGAUGCCCUCCUCCUCCUCCUCUUCUCUCAAGGCACCUGGUGGGACUUUUUGUCCUUUUUACCCAACUGAGCUGAACAUGUGCUGGUCUCUUUCUGGCCAUGUGGACGCUGACCUUUCUUACGUCCCCUAGCAAAUCCUGCUUUUUCUUUGCAUACUUCAUUUGCCUAGAAGCACUUAUUUUAAGCGUGAGGACUAAAAGUUACAUACUUUGCUAUUUGCAUUGGCAUGUCGGUGGUGUGGAGGACACGAGCUGGACCCUUUCUGAUACAGGACCAUGCCACUGAGCAUCGUGAGGCUUCCCGCGGAGGGAUGUUUUCUGCUGUACGCUUGUUCAUACCAAGAAAUCUUCCCUUGCAGCUUAGUGUCCUGUCCUGCCUGGGACUGGGUAUUGAGCCUAGUGAGUAAGAGCACUUGAUUUCUUUGCCAGCGCUCCUGCUUCGAGCUUUAUUUCUUAUUGUAGGGAACAGCUGGGUAAGUGAAGGGCAGACGCGGAGCGAUCCAGGCGGGGAUCAUCCCCAGCUUUUGACUUGGCACGUGUAAAUACAUGAAUAUGGUGAUUAAAGAAGAGGGUGAGGAUGGGCAGAAAGGCUCUGCAGUGUGGUGGCAAAGGUGGCAGCGCUUGGGUGGUGGAUAGUGCAGGAAGGCUGAAGAAGGUGCAGUGAAACAGGGCACAGGGAGCUGUGCAAAGUCGGUGGGUACUGAGGACAGGGAGGGUCCAGAGAUGUGCUUUCUGCUUGUGCUUGGGCCCUAAAUUGCCCUGUGAAGAGAGGCUGCGAGGGGUUAUUCUUGUUUGUAUAUGUAUAAAACCAUACUGGUGUUUGGCAGGGGGAAAUGUCACCCAGGAACACUUGUAUAGCUCUUUUCCUUCUCUGUGUAUGUGCCCAUACGCUAAGCAAGGGAUCAGCUGUAACUUCUGGGCCACUUGUGUGAAUUCUUCAGCUGAGGUAACACACACGGUGUUUUGCAUCUCUCCGGUGAGGCACUGCCAGGGGAUCCGGCACCAGCAGGAACGAAGCUGGACUUUCUUCUUCUCUCUUUCUUCUAGUUUGUUUUUAACCCUGUUGUACAGAAACAUCAGUCCUUGCAUCACACUGCCCUUUUAUGGGCUCCCUGAAACAUCUGACAAAGGAUUUGGAUUAAGGUUUGCUAGGACACCUGCGUGAACAGGAUCAGAGCCAGGGGAUCAGCUUGCUCAGAGGUUUGCUGUCGGGGAACUUUGAUUUAAUACAUAUUGGCCAGCUUCUUGGGACCUUCACACGGCAGGUAAACCAGGCAGGUUUGCUGGGGGGAAAAAAAAACCCUGGCACUAACUACAGGUAUAGCUGAAGUAAAAUGUGUUAGGUGGCAGGAGGACAGCCCCAGGGAACACAGCGUGUGGAGGGACGGGUGGGACUCGCCACCAUCGUCAUGGGGUUAGCAAUGCUUAAUAAGCCAAAUGCAUUAAUCUUAUUGCUGAACUUCAUGGGUUUAAAGUAUUUAUCCAUAAGCGAAGGGGUCUUUUAUGAACACGGUGGGGGGUCUCAUAUGCUGUGGCUUUUAGGAGCAGCCAUUGCCACUGGGGAGUUAGGCUGGAAAUUAAAGCAGAGAACCCGGCUCUGCUGCUCAGAAGGUGCGUCAGAGGCUGAGCAGUGGCCUCUCGGCAUCGCCAGGAUCAACUGCACCCUUUGGGGCAGUACUUCACCGGGUGGGACCGCUGCAUACGAUGUCUUAGGGCGAUAGCUGUGAGUUCUGGAGGUCACAAAGAGGAGGAGAAGGAGGGAUGAUGCCGUGGCGUGCCUGAACUACUGCUGCAGGCUGUGCUCCAGGCUUCGGGCUCUGCUCCGCUUGCCAUCUGGCAACUAUCUAAGCAUCGCUCCAAAGCGAGAGGCGGUACCUUACCUGCCUUUACAUUGAAGAGAGAGAGGGAACUUGCAGCACCAGUAAAUAGCUGAAAACUGAAAUACUUCUGCAGAGAGCAGUGCUUUAAAAAAAGGAAAAAAAACCCCAGACAUCUGGAAAGCUUUUUCCUGAUAGCAGUGGUGCUUAGUUAUCCUUUCGCUUCUUCCUGCUCUAGGCUUCAUCCAUCUCUCAAGAUAAAUCAGUGGCUAUUUAAAUUAGAAAGUGUGUGGAAAGGGGGAAGAAAGCAUGGGGAGGAGGGUGAGCAAGAGGGCGAGCUCCCCGCUUGCACUGGAGGCUUUCAAAGUCCGGCCGCAUCGUCCGGCUGCCCAGCGUGGCAGUGUGACACGGCUCCGGCCGGGGGCUUUGCCUUUUGGCGUGGCCAGGUGCCGGCUGCGCACGACAGGGCGAGUCCUCGUAGGUGCCCUGCUGCAGACGCUCUCCAGGACACCGUACGUACAGGGUGUAACACGUGGAGUGCAAGCUGCUGCGGUUUACACAGUUGUACGCUACUGAUAGUACCGAAAUGUGAGGUCUAGGAAAAGCCAAGUGCACCGAAGGUGCAGACACAGAUGCUCCAAGUAAUUUUUUUUCCUGUGCAAAAUUCUCCUGUCAUUUGCGCCAUCUCCCCUGCAACAGACUGACUCUGUCUUUAAACGUGACCUUUUCUUUGCCCGCAUAUAAAAAAAGCAGCAAAUUGUGUUAAUUUCCUUCAAAACUAGAACUGUGUGCUGGCUGGCAAACCAGAAAAGUCAUUUUUGGUUUGGUUUUUUUUUUCUGUAUCAGAGGAGGACAGGACUGCAUUAGUAGUGCUGCCCCCAGCAUUGUAACACGUUGCUUGCCCUUCCACCAGGCCUUUGCAUUUUUUCGUGGUUCAGAUACAUACUUGGUUUCUUGUGAACACUUAAGCACAUGCGCGCUUGGUGUAGCUUGCCUUUCCUCUGUAAUAUUUUUUCCUUUUUUUUUCUUUUUAGGAAAAAAAAAAGCUUUGUUAUUCUUUUCUUUUAAAAAAGUAAUUUAAAACCUGUAUAGUAUUCAGAGCACGCAAUGUAAAUAUUUAUUACUCAGAAAUUAGUGGAGGGUUCUCUUUUGUGACUAACUUGUGGUUUUGAUUUUUAAAUCUUGUUCUAACACAGACGUCCCACGCGGGGGCUGGGAGAGGAGCACCGAGUGUAAUGCGUCCAACCCUGAUAAACUGUUUGUUUGGUUUUGAUGACUGUUAUAAAUAUCUUUUCAAACCUUUUCUGCUGACCUACACCUUUAGUUCCGACAAUCCCCGUCCAAAGAUUGUGUACAGGCUGUUUGAGAACUGUAAUCUUAUUGCGCUAUAAACCUGGGGUUGGUUUUGUUUGUUUUUUUUUUAUUCAGAGAACUCAGUAAUCUCGUAUUUGAUGGUGGCAUUCACACCGUGCACGUGCAGACUGUUACCGAUCGUUGCACAGAGCAGCAGCACCUACUCGGUGACAGAGCACACGCAGCUGCCCUUGCACAGUAGCUGCGGGCUGUUGCAGUGAGCGCGAGGCACCGGAGUAACGCUGCAACUCGCUUGUGCAGCGCAUUCAAGACGCUCUUGGGCUUCACAAGGGAAGGACAGACCCCGCUGUACAGACACAAAUCCUACAGCGGCACGGACGUGCGCUGUAAUUACAGUACGUAACUGUUCAAACGUAACUUUCAGUACAACGUAGCUACUACUGAGUUUUAACGUAGGUACAAAGCAUUUCCUACAAGAGGAUCCAACGUACUGCCGCAGGAGCAGGGAGCACCAGGCUGCAAACACUGCGGGGGUCGGCCCCAGCGGUUCGCCCUGCCUCAGUUUGAGACUACUAAAAGAAACCGAGGGUGUGGGAUUUACUAGCAGAAACCUGAUGAGCCAGACUAGUUGGUACCAACUGAGCUAAGCCAGCUGGCCGUGAACUCGUAAAUAAUGAGUGCAAUUACGAUUAUUUUCUUCAUGCUUUCUUCACACGCUGCCUGUGUGCAGGACCGACAAGAACACUCACUCUUUGUUCAAAACUAGAGACAGCAGAGUAUGAUGUAAAAUACUACAGACUGUGGUAAGUAGAAAGCAGAUACGAAUGCGCAGCCUUUCACCCGUGUCCACCCUCCUGGGACCUGGAGUUCUGGAUGACUUGAGAUUUUAAAGAAUCAUUUAUUUGAAAGGAUGAAGCUUUGGGGAGGAGAAGGAAGCUCGGCCAGUCUGUGGGUGGUAUCUGAAGCGGCACUGGUUGUUGUGGUACUAAUGGUCAGUCAUCCUCCACCAUCCUAAUGAGAACAGAAGUUUGUCUUAGUUCUGAGCACAGCUUUAACAGACAACCGACCCGUAACCGAAGGGGACUCAUUUUGGCUUAAAACCACGCACAUACCAUGCUCUACUGCUUGUGCUCCAGAAAUGACCCCAAAGAAUUGUGAGUAAUGAUGAUAAAGAGUAAUUCCCUGGUUUCUGCGACGAUACGACACAGCGGCCAGCCCUCCGCCUCCACCCUGCGAUGUGGCCGAGCGGCAGAGCAGGGCGGUGGUACCCGGGCAGCACCAGGAUGCCGCAGCCUCGCGGGUACUGGAAACCCCCCAUGGCUCAAACCCAGGGUCCGUCACCGCGGGGCGGUGGGGAGAGGAGGCAGCGCAGUCGUCUUUGCGCCCCGUCCAUCCACAGGGCGGAACGGCCUCUUUUAAGGGGCAUUUUCCACACAGAUUAGUCCAGGAAAUAAUGUCUCAGACGUCGUAUUUUCCCUCCCCAAAGGGGAGCGGGUGUUGGAGGCUCCUGUGUCUCAGUAUGUGUGAGUUCCUCCCUCCUUCCUGUCUCCCUUCCACUCCAGUUUAUUUCAGUGCUUUUUUAAGAGCCACUGGUCCUGAUCAACUGCUCACUGUAAUAGAAGAGUCACUUUUUCUCACAGUAUUUAUUCCUUCCAAAAUCUUGUGUGACAUGCUAGGUUCCCAUGGAUGUAGCUGAUCAUUUUUAUUUUGUAAAUAUAAUUACCUAACUUUACAUUAACUAUAUCGUAAUAAACUAUUUUUGCA